AUGAAGGACGAAAAAGCACUCGCUGCAAUGGCCCAGCGUGCUUCCCGGCCGCCGCUCGUCAUGCAGGCUUUUCCCCUCUGCGUUGCCCUGCACUCCUGCACCUCCUGCACUGCUGCGAGCUGCCUGCGCUGCCUGGCCCUGCGCAUAUCUUCAAUCCCACGCUCGCGCUGCCUUUUUGCUCACCACCGACAAGAAUUACACCGUUCUGCACUUGCCCCUCCCCAAGCCCUGCCCCCCGUUAAGAUUUCUUAUUGGAUAAUCCCCCAAAUGACCGGUGAUUCGCCCCUGCUUGCCACCUCGCUCUGCUUCCAUCCACACCUGCAGCCCGCCGGAGGUACCUGUCGUCGCGCCUAUCUGAUCGACGCCGGACUCUCGCCCGACCUGGUAGACGCUCGUCUUGCAGAAGUCUGCCUUGCGGACACUGGCUCGAUCAUGUUUUGA